AGAAGAAGACGACGCCUACUGAUGUCGGCUCAGGCGAUGUCGGCGACGGGCGACACGACGCUGACGAAGGUGUUCGUGGGAGGUCUGGCGUGGGAGACGCACAAGGAGGGCGUGCGCGGCUACUUCGAGCGCUUCGGAGAGAUCCUCGAGGCCGUCGUCAUCUUCGACAAGAGCACCGGCAGAUCCAAGGGCUACGGAUUCGUCACGUUCCGUGAAGCUGAGGCGGCCAUGAGGGCGUGCCUCGACCCGUACCCGGUGAUCGACGGCAGGAGGGCCAACUGCAACCUCGCCUACCUCGGGGUCCAAAGGUCCAAGCCACAACUGUCGCCGUAUCUGCAACCAGCAGUAGGCCAUGUCCAUGGUGGAAGCAACAUGAACACGAGGGCAAUGAAAGCCGCUGCCAUUGCUGGUGGUGCCAGCUUCGUCGACCAUGGCAUCCAGCAAGGGAUCCCUGCUGCCGCCUACAAUUUGUACGGGUAUUCUCCAUAUUUCUCGGACUACAGCUAUCAGCCCAUGACAUACUAUCAGGCGUAUGGCGGGCUGGCCGGAGGAGAGCAGUAUCAGGUCUACAAUGGUAAUGCUGGCGCCGCUGCCACAGUUCCAGCGGCGGGGCUAACAUUGGCUGAUCCUUCUGGGUUGUACAACCCCUACUACCAGUAUAGUCCGGUGAGUGCCCAUGCUGCGUACAACAUGAUGCACUACCCUCAAAUGUACCACUACGCGGCGGUCGGCGCACUGCCGGAGAGCAGCCCUACCGCGGUGUCUAGCCUCCACCGGUUCCUUGGCGCCGCUGCCUUUGAGCCUAAUACUGCAGGGGGCCAAGCAGCAGCCAUGGCAAUGUCUCGGACAGCUCCAGCUCUGUCGGCACCACCGACACCACAGUACCAGCAUAGGCUCGUCUCUUCCAUGCCGCCUGCAACACCAGAUCAGAAGAGGCCCUUAGCCUAAUAGACCAUGGCUGCCUUAACCAAGUCUGCCUGUUCAUGCAUCAUCCCUUACUUAAUAUGCAUAUCCUUGAACAACAUGUUAACUUGCUGCCAAUGACCACCGUGGGUUGAGUGGUGCAUUGGCAGGUAAACAAAGGAUGUCAACGUCCAAUUUUCCAUUUUGUAGGAUCUAGUCUAGUAACUAAUUAAUUAUGGUCGAAGCUAGUAUUCCUCAUAAUUUUGAAAAAAAAAUCAUCCAAAUGCAUGCAUGUCUCAUCAUUCUAUCACCAUAAGUGGAUAAUCAUUAUGCAUAUAUUAUAGGCCACAUAUUAAUUAGCUAGCGUAUCUUUGUCAGUAUUAGCCAUCUAGUUCACACUACUUAGGUAUAGCAUAGUUUUGGCGUAUCCUGUUCUCUUAAGGAAGAGUCCAGGGGCAAGUUAGUCAAGUGGUUGAGUUGCUGCUGAUUUUUCAUAAGCAGCUUCUGUCUCCCAAGUUACAACAUUUUCAUAGGGUGUGGCUCCAGAGAAAUUAAGCUCAUGGAGCCACGCACGAGUUUAAUUAGACUAUAUUAUAUAGUCACACGUAUAUUGGGGGUGUCCUAAUUUCUCUACUAAUUGGGUCAUUGACUCUUGUUCCCUUCCUCCCCACAUACUAUUGCAUUAGAUUCAUAUGCAUCCUAUUCACCAAGUAAGGCAGCCAUGGCUAGGUCAAAGCACAGAUGAAUAAUUAUAUAUUAUAUAUCAGAAGCAAUUUGGCGUAUUGUUUCCAAUUAUUCUUGCCAUUUAUCCCAUUAUGUAAUGGCUAUUAUACCAAUAGUAUCGUUCGAGAUGUUA